CUCGUGCGCGCAUGCGCUCAUCCCUGCUGUCGGUCUGGCAAAGAUGGCGGAUGACAAGAAUUCAUUGAAGAACCUGAAAGAUCUAGCUUUGCUUAAGAACAAGUUGGAUGAUAUUCAGAAGAGAGUAGAAGAUGAGGUCCAAGCAGGAAUUCCACAGGGUGGAUCCUUACUGGCCUCUCCUUUCCUAAAAGGAUUUUUAGCUGGAUAUGUGGUGGCAAAGUUACGUUUCUCAGCUGUUCUCGGUGUGUUCAUUGGCACCUGCACUGGUAUUUAUGCUGCACAGAAUUUUGACAUCCCCAAUGUAGAAACAACUGUUAAGGACUAUCUCAACUCGCUGAAGAAAGGUCCCAAAUAAGAAUGAAUCUUCUUUCAUUCAGAAGUUAUGUGGCUUGUAUAUAAAUUAUGUUUCAGUACUUUCUUUUCAGGGAGUAUCAAGUUUGGGACAAAUUGUGCAAAAGGGGUCCAGUUCUUUCUGUUUCUUUAAAGACUCAGUACCUUUUCUUCCUGAGUAAAAAAAAAUUGCCAAGUUGAACUUGAUUGGACUAAUUACAAACAUUCUUCUUUUGUAUAUCCAGAUUGCUAAUGGAUUUAUUUUAUUAAAAUUACUUGAAUGUUUUAUAAAGCAGCCUUAAAAUAAUGUAAACAUAUGCAGACAAAUAAAGAAAGACAGUAAAUGUCACAAAUUUACAGUCCUUCAGAUGCUGCUGUUCAUUUUAUUUACAAUAAAAAGGAUCACGUGAUAUGACCAUGUAGUAACAUUUGGGAAAAACGCUUUAAAAACUAAAGCCAAUAGAUUAACAGAUUUGUCUUUUGAUUUAUAUUGUAUGUGAACUGAUCUGCCUGUGUAAAGUGGUGAGUAAGCUAAUUAGCCAGAGUGAUACUCUCAUUUUGAGGAUUAUAACUCGGUUACAAACGGAGGUCAGUAUAUUGCCAUUCUGCACAUUCUAUCACUGAUGCCAUUUAUGUGUCGUUUGUUUGUUGUAGUUUUGAAAUCUUCUUUGUAUCCUUUUUUUAGUGUACCAAAGUUACAUGCACUGAAAUAAAGAGAUCACUGCAA